AUGGAGCCUAGAUUGUUGGUUCCCCAACUUGAUUGUUUGGUUGAUGCCAAAGUGCUUUUAAUUGAAUAUGUGAAAAUUACUUUAGCUUUAGGAUAUCAACCACCUCCAUCAAAAGAUUCCGUCAAUCCUAAUUUACAACCACCAAAAGAUACGCUUUUUACACCAGCAGAACUUGCAAAGUAUGAUGGUACAGAUGCAAGUCAACCAAUUUAUGUAGCUAUAAAAGGUACAAUUUUUGAUGUAACAACUAAAAGAGAAAGUUAUGGACCUGGUGGAAGUUAUAAUGUUUUUGCUGGUAAAGAUGCUUCAAAGGCACUUGGAAUGGGUUCAUUACAACCAGAAGAUGUAAUCGCAGAUUAUAGUAGUUUGGAUGAUAAACAAUUAAAGGUUCUUGAAGAUUGGUUCGAAUACUUCAAAAAAAGAUACAAUAUUAUAGGAAAGCUUUAA